AUGAGAGUGGACUACCAGCACACCCUGUGCUAUGGUUAUUAUUCUGUAAAGGACAACCAAAUUCCGUAUAUACAUUACUGCUACAGCUGCUUGAUCGGAUACGACUUCGAUAGCAAUCUGAUGGAAGAACUGAUUAAGCGUACCCGAACGCGCAGAAUAAUCGAUGACGAGGCUCGUGCAAUAAUCAACACUCUCCGGAAACUAGGCAUUCUGGAAUCAACUUUGUCCAAGGGGAGGAAAUACCUCCAUAGGAUAGGGUUCCCCAGAUUCUCAGAAGGACAAUCCCAUCCUUGCAACACCAUUUACAGCGAAAUCCUGGCCCCCAUGUUGCUUAUCCGUUCUACGGGUAUACACGAACUAAUUACCGAGAAGUACGAGAAACCCCCUCCUAACCCCAUUAAAGUGACUCGCUCACAUUGGUCACGUUCUGGUAUACCGAUCUUGGGCAGAUUCACGAGUGAGUCCGCUGAGAAGACUGAUACCAUUGACCAUCGCUCGCAACCUAAACUUUGGAAACGAGUGCGCUCUAACCCUUCUGCCAGUGGGUAUUUCUUUGAGGGGCAGACCUCAAACAGCGUUUCGAAGCGGUUGCUGGAUUCGUCAGAUGAAGGAUUUGAAGAUGAUGCUUCUACUCGGGAGGCUAAGACGACGAAGCUCAGAUAG